AAUAAAUAUAGCGGGAAAUAGAAUAUAAGUUUAACGCAAUCUGUUGCUGCAGUUGUCACCAUGACGAUGCACGUGGAGCUACAGGCAGCCUGCAGUGCCCUCGGUUACCAGGAGGGGAAGCAGUAUGUGAAGGAACCAGACUGUUUAGAGUCAGUGAAAGACUUGAUUCGCUUCCUUAAACGUGAGGACGACACUUGUGACAUCAGACGCCAGUUGGGGCAUGCUCAGAUCGUACAGAAUGACCUGAUCCCAAUUCUUGUCCAUUACACCGGCGACAAUACACUCUGGGAAACGGUCAUCAGAUUGCUGGUAAACCUGACCCAGCCGGCCUUCCUGUGUUUCAAGAGUCACAUUCCGGAAGAGAAGACAUUGCGCAAUAAUUACUUGGACCUCGAGUCUCAUCUACAAACUAUGAAGGAGGCCUUUAUCAAUGAAGACGUAUUUGCAGCCAUAACAGGCAAGCUUGGAGACCUCUUGAAGCUGGACUGGGAGCAUCGUCACGAAGAGCACAGACUUCUCAUUGAGCGUCUGCUGAUACUGAUCAGGAACGUGCUGCACAUUCCUCCCAACCCGGACACUGAGCAGAGAACUGAUGAUGAUGCCAGUGUUCAUGAUCAAGUGUUGUGGUCUAUGCACGUGAGCGGACUGGAAGACAUUCUGCUGUACAUUGCUUGCUCCGAGGAAGAACGCAACCUCUCCAUGCAUAUGCUUGAGAUAGUAUCGCUCAUGUUCAGAGAGCAGAGUCCAGAGAUGCUGGCAAGUGCAGGAGGACAGAGGUCCAUGACAGAGAAAGAGAAAGAUGAGAGGGAACUUGAGAUGGUGAGAGAACAAGAGAAGCUGCAGAAGAAGGCCAACAUAAUGAAACACAGCACCAGGCAUUCUAGAUUUGGUGGAACCUUCGUCGUCAAGAAUUUCAAGUCGAUAAGCGAGAAUGACCUGAUAUACCACAAGUCAAAGUGCGAUGUGGACGACAUAAAUCUCGACGCGAACAAGCGACCGAAGAAGAAAGCGAAAAAUCGAAAGCCACUGAUCGAUCGUGAGGUUAAACGACGCUCGACACUCAGCAUUCGGCUAGGUCUGAAAGAAUUCUGCGUACAGUUCCUCGAAAACUGCUAUAAUCCACUCAUGUAUGCUGUCAAGGAUGUGCUGAACCGUGAGAAGUCCCAAGAACACGAUGAGACGUACUAUCUAUGGGCAAUGAGGUUCUUCAUGGAAUUCUGUCGCCUGCACAGCGGCAAGGUGGAUCUUGUCAGUGAGACGAUGUCUGUGCAGGCUUUUCACUACAUCCAGGUUCAGUUGUUCAGCUACUAUGAGAUGCAGAUGAUGGAAAAGAAGGAGGCUAUUGUCUGGGGAAAGAGGACUCACCUGGCAUUGAAGGCCUACCAGGAGCUGCUGCUGACCCUGGACUCCAUGGACAGGUCGGGCAGCCCAGUGCUGAUGGAAAGUUCAAAGGUCCUUAAGAGUAACAUAUUCUACAUGAUGGAGUUUCGAGACGUUUUCCUCACCCUGUUGCGUCAUUUUGAUCAGAGCAGGCAAUCCAGGGCGUACCUGACCGACCUGAUAGAGACGACCCACCUGUUUCUGAAAAUGUUGGAACACUUCUCAAAGAAGACGGGGCACCUGGUCGUGCAGAAAAAGAAGCGUGGAGGAAAGAAGAAGUCUAAGCCUGCGCGCAAAGCCACAGUAUCUCCUAUAGAGCCAUCACAACAAGAGCUUGAAGAUUUAUGGGAUGAGAUAUCUAGUGACCUCUCAGCCAUCUUUCAAGGUCGUGCCGAGGUUCCCGAGGGUGUGACACCAUUUGACGCUGUGUCGGAGGUCGACGUUGAUCAACAGAGGGUGGAUGCAAUGAUCCGUAUCCAGGACGCCAUGAGGGGCAGACAACCUGGUGAAGCAGUGGCCCUCUUCAGGGCAGCAAGAGAGGUGUGGCCAGAGAGGAAUGAGUUUGGGUCUGCAGACAUCUCUCCUGAAGAUGAAUUCAUGGCCCUAAGGGAGAUCUUCAUGACCCAGCUCCCAAGGCCCACUCCCGAGAUUCCUGGUCUACCGGAAGAAGAUGUGGAUGAAGAAAUCGAAGAAGAGGAAACAGUGACGGUGCAGACCUCAGAACAAGAAUUUGUCUUCAGAGAAUUUGCAGUCAAAUUUGCAAAACCGGAGAUUCUGAAAAACUACGUUUUACUGUUGGCAGACUUCCAGACCAAUUCCACCCAUGCCAACCACUGCUGUGUUAAAAUGCUUCACCGUGUUGCUGUUGACCUUGGCUACGUAGGGAUGGUGUUCCAGGCUUCCCUGUUCCGUGUCUUUCAGAGGAUCCUCAACAGUCCUCUAGCAACCGCAGAGCGAUAUAAGGAAAUAGCAAAAUUUGCCACAUAUGUUGUUCGGAAAUUUGUUGAGGUAGCAGAAAACAACAAAAAGGCUUUCAUGGAACUACUUUUCUGGAAAACAAACAAAGAGGCGAUUGAGAUGGUGGAAGGAUACGGGUCUUAUCAGAGUAAAGGCAAGCAGGCCUGGACAGAAGAUGCAGAGCUGGAAGUGAGAAGAUUGUUUGAGGAAUACCGAGAUAACCCUGCAGACGACAAAGACACGGUAGACUGCAUCAUGGAGCGUAUCACUGACCCGAGUAAAACCCGGGGACAGAUCAUACGAGAGCUGAAACGUCAAGAACUGAUAGAGUCUGCAAAGGAGCUGAAGAAGCCAAAAGGAUUGAGCCGUGCAGGGCCAUGGAGAGAAGAAGACGAGCUGGAACUGAGGGAACUGUACGAGAAACACCGGGAGGCUGAUGACCCAGUUGGUGGAAUUCUAUCGGAGAUGUGCAAGCGGCGUAGUCGUCCCAAGAUCAUGGAGAAACUGUUGGCCAUGGGUCUGGUGGGGGACAGGAAGGAGCUCUACAAGAAAAGGGCCGGCAAAUCUGGGGCCAGGAGCAGGAGAAAGGGGUGUAACUCUGACGACAGUGGAGAUGAUGAAUUACAAGAGCUGCCAUCCGACUAUGAAGACGAAGUUGAGGACAGACCUCCUUCCAUUGGUACUGGUGGUGGUGGCAGUGGCAUCAGUGAGGGUGCCAGCAGCAGCGUCAGUAGUGUCAGCAGUGAUGACUCUGAUGCCCCAGGCGGUGGUGGCGCCGCUGAUGAUGCUGAUGAUGGCACUAGCGCGGCGGGGGCUAACAUGAGUGACAUCAUCAGAGGGCUUGUGGCCAAAGGUUACAAGGACCAGAUUUUGUGGAUUCAGCGCGGACUAACCAGGACAGCUGGCGACAGAGAGGAAGAAGAUGAGGAUGUUGGAGUUCCACUGGUACCGCUGACGGAGGAAAAUGAGACGGCAAUGGAGGAUGAAGUGUUCUUGGACUUCUUGAAACGGCUAGGCAUCGCCCCUCCAGCAAAUGAACAGGAGGCAUUCUGGCGCAUCCCGGCAGGAAUCUCACCUGCUGAACUCAGAAACAUGGCUGACGGACUGGUUCUGGACGAAAAUGGUGAACCAGUCAAUGCAAGUAAAAUAAAGAUGAAAGCUCCUAGUGCCCCCCCAAAAAAGGAUAGGAAAGAGAAAAGUAAGGAAAAGAGAGAAAAAAGGGAGGAAAGGAGGAAGGAAAGAGAGGAAAUGAAGCGGCAGAAGGAAGAACGAAAGAAGAAAGUGAAUGAGAAGUUUGCAAUGCUAAAGGAGUUUGUGAAAAACAAAAAGGAGACAAAGAAAAACAGAAGGUCUAAGAAGCAAGUAGAAUCGUCCAGUUCUGAUGAUGAGGAUGCUGGUAACCGUGGUAACUUGUCUACAAAGGCUGGGAACCAAUCCAAAAAGAGUCGUCUUAGAAACAUGGCCACCUCGGGAAGCGACAGUGACGCCGUCCCAUUGAGACGUCAAAAGAAAGACAACCCUUCCAAUGACCAAGAUUCGUCUCACGAGACACAGUCGCCUGCCCCUAGCUCUCCCCCCAAAAUGUCCGGGAGCUCUUCACAGAAGAAAAGAAGGCUGAAAAAGAUUGUGGAUUCUUCAGACUGUGAUGAUGAUGUGCCAUUGAGAAGUUUGACCUCCCAGCAGGGUCACAUGCCAUCCUCGUCGGUGGUCACUCUGAACAGGUCUGACUUGCUGGAAGAAGUUGACAGCAAUAGCAAUGAUGUCAGGCACACAGAGGCAGGGGACCAAUCACUGGAAACAGAGAGUCACACAUCAAUAAGAAAGGCAGAGACAGGUGACCAAUCACAGGAAACAGAGAGUCACCCAUUUGCAAGGCAAAAAGGGACAGGGAAUCAAUCACAGGAAACAGAGAGUCAUCCAUUACUGUUCCUGUCCAGUAGUGAUGAAGGCAGUGACAUUGAAGACACCAAACAGACUGAAAAUAGGCCAGCGAGUUCAAACAGUAAAAGGUCAAGGUCGUCACGUUCGGGGUCAGAUUCUGACGGGUCAAAGGUCACCCAGUUGAAGAAGAAAAUGAGGCUGGAAUCGUCGGGCAGCGACUCGGAGUCAAAACCAGAAGAGUCGUUCCCAGCCACACUGUACACGCAGGGCCCAGAGUCCGACUCCGAUCUAGACGACCACGUACCGCUUAGAAAGGCAAUUAAGAAACGCAACGUCAUCGACAGUGAUGAUGAUUGACAUGUAACAUAACCAGCUUACGGUGACUUUUUUGUUGUCAAUCAGUUCUAUGUAAUGUUUGGCUGAAAGUUGCUGCUGCUGAUGAUGAGUAGACGAUGCAGAUGAUGAUGACAAAGACGAUGAGGAGGAUGACAAUGCAGAUAAUUAUGAAGAUUGUGAUGAUAUAUGUGAAUUAGAUUUUGCCAUAUUUAAAUUAAUGAGUGUUAUUAACAUGAAACUAUGAUAUUUCCGAUGUACCGGUACACGUUUUUGACAAUAUUUGUAAGUGCAUUUUCUUCUGAACUUCUUUCUUUUAGGGUUACACUUAUUGGUAUGUGUGGGCUUGUUUCCAUCUAUAAAUGCUAUACAAAUAUUGGUAUGUGUGGGCUUGUUUCCAUCUAUGGAUGCUAUACAAAUAUUGGUAUGUGUGGGCUUGUUUCCAUCUAUGGAUGCUAUACAAAUAUUGGUAUGUGUGGGCUUGUUUCCAUCUAUGGAUGCUAUAAAAUGGAUGAUCCUUGCUCUGGAAAAAUCAGGCUUAAUGCAUGUGUGUAAAUUAUAGUCCCAGUUUAGCCUGCGCAGUCCACACAGGCUAAUCAGUGAUGACGAAACUUUCCGACUUUGCUUUAUUUUCUUUUAGAAGAGACUUCAUGUGAAGGGAAAUUUCCCCAAAAGCGGAGAGUGUUGUCCUACUGUUGCCUUUUCGGACUGAGCAGGCUAAUCUGGGAGGACACAACGCACAUGCAUUAAGGCCUGUUUUCACAGAGCGCAGCUGAAAUUAAUUAAAUAUUUUACCAAAAA